AUGGCGGCGGCGAAGGUCAAAUCGGCCGCCCUCUCCAUCACUCACAAGUGCCGGAACAUCUUGGCCGCCGGUUGGGAAGCCCACCUCAACACGGUGAAGGCCGACGCCAAGGGAAGCAAGGAUGAGAUUUACACGUCGAGGGUGCACUACAUGAUCCAGAAGGGGACGCCCUACCUGAUUGUCCCUGAGAACGACAUGCACAACAUUGUAAAACUCUCAAUUCCUGUUGUUCGUACGCCUGCUCGUGUUGCUAUGACUGGUGAUGUUCUGCGCCUGAAAGACUCAAAGGUUCCAAUUAUUGCUGAUAGCCUGAAGAAAGAUAUUCUGAAGGAACACGAAGCUGCUAGUGGAGCUAGUUAUGGAGUGUCAGCAAUACUGUCUUCGGCGGGUGCUACCUGCAGGUCACGGAGUGAGGGCCUCCUCAGUCUACUCAGUGAGGAGAGCUGUUACAGCAUCUUAAAAUUUGACAUAGGUUCAUGUGUCCACAUAGACUCCAAUGGGACCAGCCAUAAUAUUGAAUCGGACAGCUUUGAACCACCAAAAGCAGAUCUGCUAAUGCCAUUCUCUGCAAAGCUUGUGGAUGGUAUCAACCGAAAUGACUCGAGGAGGAGGGCACUGAUGAUUUUCUGUUUUGAGUAUUUUAAUGUGAUAGCUAGAAGCGCUGUCAUGCUUUCCAUUGACCACCACGGUUUUGAUGUCCUCGCCAAAGUGCCUGAAAGAGCCAUCCUUACUGAUGUCCCUCGACAAUACCACUGGAAGGAGUUCAGGUUCACAUUCAAGGAACCAGCCAAGGAUGCUGAGGACUUCUGCCGCAUGUUGGUUGGGUUCGAGCAAGAGGUUUUGAAGAGCGUGAAGAGCUUUAGCGGUUUAGGGUGA